CCUAAAUCCCUAUCCCUGUUAACGCUACCACCCUCCCGGCGAAGCCUAAAUAUCCGUGGAAGUAACGCGACACCGGCGAAGGAAGUGAGGGACAUGGAGGAGGCGUUCCGUGCACAGUUCCCCCUUUCCUUCGGGAAGCCGUUCAAGCCCCAGGCCAAUUCUUCCUCCGCUCACUCUGCUACCCUACGCAUCUCCUCCUCCACCUCCUCUAACCCUAACCCGGAAGAGGAUGAAGGUACCGUGAUAGGUCCUCCACCUCCACCUCCACCGGCGCCUGUGGAGUCCCAGGAGGGGCAGGUGGAGUCCCAGGAGGGGCACGACGGGUUGAUGGUUGGGCCCCCACGGCCCCCGCCGCCUUCUGAGGAAAUUGGUUCAGAUUCUGACUCAGAUUCAUCAGAAUUCGAUAGAGAUGUAAACGAUCUACCUCGGAUUCCCCUCAGUAACGAGAUUAUGCUCAAAGGGCAUACCAAGGUUAUCUCAGCUCUUGCUGUUGAUCAUUCAGGAUCAAGGGUCCUUUCUGGCAGUUAUGAUUACACUGUUCGCAUGUAUGACUUUCAAGGAAUGAAUUCCAAGUUGCAGUCUUUUAGACAGCUGGAGCCAUUUGAAGGACACCAAGUCAGAAGUUUAAGUUGGAGUCCUACCUCAGAUCGGUUUUUGUGUGUAACAGGUUCUGCACAAGCCAAGAUAUAUGAUCGAGAUGGGCUUACCUUGGGUGAAUUCAUAAAAGGAGAUAUGUACAUUCGUGAUUUAAAGAAUACCAAGGGGCAUAUAUCAGGGUUAACUGGUGGAGAAUGGAAUCCUAAAUCAAAGGAGACAAUUUUAACUUCUUCCGAAGAUGGAUCCUUGCGUAUUUGGGAUGUUGCUGAAUUCUCAAGUCAAAAACAGGUGAUAAAACCUAAACUUGUUAGACCACUGAGAAUCCCGGUAACUGCUUGUGCUUGGGACCAUGAUGGCAAACGCAUUGUUGGUGGCAUUGGAGAUGGCUCCAUACAGAUAUGGAACAUAAAGCCGGGAUGGGGAAGCAGACCUGAUAUUUAUGUUGAGAAUGCUCAUGCAGAUGAUAUUACUGGGCUCAAGUUUUCUGCAGAUGGCCAGGUCCUUCUAUCAAGGAGUACAGACAGUACAUUGAAGGUCUGGGAUCUGAGGAAAAUAAAAACACCACUUGCAGUAUUUGCAGAUCUUCCAAAUAAUUAUGCUCAGACAAAUGCUGCAUUCAGUCCGGAUGAGCAGUUGAUUUUGACUGGGACAUCAGUCGAAAAGGAGGGCACAACUGGAGGUUUACUUUGCUUUUAUGACCGUAUAAAACUUGAACUUGUUUCAAGAGUAGGAAUAUCACCGACAUACAGUGUUGUCUGUUGUACUUGGCAUCCAAAGAUCAAUCAGGUAUUUGCGACAGUGGGAGACAAGAAAGUGGGUGAGACUCAUAUACUCUAUGAUCCUUCCAUUAGUCAGAGAGGUGCACUUGUAUGUGUUGGACGAGCUUCAAGGAAAAAAUCUGUUGAUGACUAUGAGCUGCAGCCGGUUAUUCAUAAUCCACAUGCAUUGCCGCUAUUUAGAGAUGCUCCGAGCCGCAAACGACAAAGAGAAAAGGCACUGAAAGAUCCAUUCAAGUCCCACAAGCCAGAAUGUCCUGUCAAUGGUCCAGGCUUUGGUGGAAGAGUCGGAACAACUAAAGGCAGUUUGUUGACUCAGUAUCUUAUGAAGCAAGGUGGCUUAAUUAAAGAAACCUGGAUGGAUGAGGAUCCAAGAGAAGCUAUACUUAAAUAUGCUGAUGCUGCCGCAAAAGAUCCUCAAUUUAUUGCUCCUGCAUAUGCAGAAACUCAGCCGGAGCCUGUUUUUGCAAAGUCUGAUUCAGAGGAGGAAGACAAAUAAGAGCUUCACUGUGAAAGUUUCCACUCUUGCCAUGUCGAAAAGGGCCAAGCUUUGCCUUAUCCGUUAAUAUUAUAAUUUCUGAUCCAUCGACCUCCCAUCUUGAGUUUGAAUCAUGAGUUCUUUUAUUUGAUGAUGGUCCUUGGAGAUAUAAAUACAAGAUGCUAAUGUUUGAGUCUAACAGUUUGUAUUUCUGAGCUGUUUCUUGGUCAAUGUAUUGUAACAAUAGAUCUGAAUGUUUUAGAGCAUGACAUUGCAGCCUGACUCUCCUAUAGUGUGUUAAACAUGAGUGAGGUUACACGAUAAAUACAGUUUUGUUCUUUCUUA